GAAUUUUAUGCUAGCAGUCUGGCAACGAAGGGCAGAAACAAAAAGUCAUCUUCCCAGGCGGCGUUUAGCAUUUUGCAAAAUUUCAAUUUUCCUGCUGAUUAAAUUGAGUUCAGCAAGCACCAUGUCGAUUCUAGCCUACAAUGGAGGAUGUGUAGUGGCCAUGCGCGGCAAGGACUGCGUGGCUAUUGCCACGGAUCACCGUUUCGGUAUCCAGGCUCAGACGAUCUCCACGGACUUCAAGAAGGUAUUCCACAUCGGUCCUCGGAUGUUUCUUGGACUCACUGGCCUUCAGACUGACAUCCUGACUGUCCGUGAUCGCCUGAUGUUCCGCAAGAAUCUUUACGAGACGCGCGAAAAUCGUGAGAUGUGCCCUAAGCCCUUCUCCGCCAUGAUGUCCAGCUUUUUGUACGAGCACCGCUUCGGCCCGUACUUCAUUGAGCCGGUGGUGGCUGGUUUGGAUCCUAAGACCAUGGAACCGUUCAUUUGCAACAUGGACCUCAUUGGGUGCCCCAACGCACCCGACGAUUUCGUGGUAGCCGGUACCUGUGCGGAGCAGCUUUACGGCAUGUGCGAAACCCUGUGGAAACCCGAUCUGGAACCGGACCAGCUGUUUGAGGUCAUCGCUCAGUCCAUUGUCAACGCCUUCGAUCGCGAUGCCAUGAGCGGUUGGGGCGCCACCGUGUACAUCAUUGAGAAGGAUAAGAUCACGGAACGUACACUGAAGACCCGUAUGGACUAGACGAUAAGAGUUCUCUUGGUGAUUUUGAAUACAACACUAACGGAAAUAUACAUACAAAUGAAAUUUGUUUAGGUA